AUGACGGCAAUAGUGUGUAGUUUUCACCUAUAUUUUUCUCAGAUACUGACCGAGUUAGUCGAGGACAUCUUGGAGGAAGAUUUAUAUCGUUACACGAGGCACCGCUGGCUAUUCAAUGAAUCGUACAAUCUCUCAGAGAGAUAUCUCAGGUUUGACCUACAACAGCUUAUACGGGUUGCUGUAGCUGCAGUUUCUGAUCACGGUGCUCUCAAAUGCACUGAAGUUCUUAAAUGCAAAGAAGGUUUAAAUAAUAAAGCGUACCUGCUCACGAUGGAUAACGGCUUGGUGGUCUUUGCUAAGCUGCCAAACCCAUGCGCAGGGCCAGAAUUUUACACCACAGCAUCCGAAGUGGCUACACGUGUAUUCCUACGGGAUGUGUUGGAAAUUCCAAUUCCUCGUAUACUUGCCUGGUCUACUGAUCGCAACAAUCCAAUCGGGGCAGAGUAUAUCUUAGAGGAAAUUGCCCCGGGCAAGCCUCUUGGAAGGCUUUGGCAAGACUGGAAUGAUUUGCCAAUUGAGCCCCGAUACAAUAUCAUAGAGCAAAUUGUGGAAAUUGAAUGCAAGCUUGCUUCCACGAAGCUCGAGAAGUCUGGUUGUAUCUAUUUUAGAGAAGACUUUCCAGCCGGCGAUGUCCUAGUGACUACGCCUUCACUACCCUCAUCGGCUGCCCAACGCUUUACAGUAGGACCACUAGUUGAGAGUACGAUGUGGCGGGGGCCAAAAGCCUUUAUGGACUUAAGUCGAGGACCAUAUAGCAAACCACUUGAAUUUGUUGAAGCGAUGGCUAAGAGUGAAGUUAAAUUCAUUAAGGCGUGUGGCCAUCCGCGGAUGAAUUAUGCUCGCUCCCUUACUAAACCUGAGCUACCUGAGGAUAUGCUUGCUCUCUUGGCUCGGUAUCUUCAACUUACUUCAGCGAUGAUACCUCCUCCGACGUCAGAUGAUACACAGUCAUCAACACUAUGGCAUCCAGACCUCCACCUUAAUAAUGUUUUCGUUGAUCCCGAAUCAAAGAAAAUUACGCGGAUAAUCGACUGGCAGGCAGCUACAGCACUACCGCUCUUUUAUCAAUGUGGCGUCCCAACAAUGUUCAAGCAUCAAGGGCCAGUUUCUGAUAAUAUAGAUACUUGGCCAACAUACCCGGAGAAUUAUAGUAGCCUUGAUCAGGACGAAAAGGAGGAGGUUAGUAACCUUAUAAAAAGCGAGACUCUUCACAAAUAUUAUCUCGCAAUCACACAAAAUAGAAACCCACGCCACUGGGCCGCACUUCAAUCACGCGAUCAAGCACAAAUAGACCCAAUCCGCAUUGUCCAAAGCGUAUGGGAAGAUCGUGAUGUAUUCUUCCUUCGACGAGCGCUGAUCAGAAUUGCCAGUGGGUGGGACGUCCUUCACCCAAGUUCUGGCCCAUGCCCCGUGAACUUUAGUGAUCAGGAAAUGGCUCUGUAUAGGCAUGAAGAAGAAAAUAGGGGGUAUGUUAGCGAUGUCCUGAAUAUUUUUCGAAAGAAUUGGGGGUUGUCUCCAAAUGGAUCAAUAGAGCCGAGCAGGUUCGACGAAAUGCAGAUUGAACUGGCGCAGAUGAAAGAUGCCUUCAUUAAUGCUGCUGAUAAUGAGGAAGACAGGCUUCUCGCCGAGAAACUUUGGCCGUACCAAGACACUCCAGCU